UACACGAGUUUUUUGGCUCCAGGUUGACAAUGGCCUAUGUAGCUGAAACAGGAGACUGGGAUGAAUUUUAUCAUCCACCACUUCAGACGGAAGAGGAGGUCUUAUUAGUCUUUGAAGAACAGUUUCCAUUAAAUGACUUCUGGGAGGAUCAUUUCAACCUUGCAAUACUGCAGCAGAUAUUAGACGCAAAAUUCAACUGCUCUCCAAGCAGUGAAUAUGUUGCAAAGAAAGAAAUGUCCCAUAAUUCGAGUCAUCUGCUUGUGCAAUGUAAGGUGUGCAACUGUGAUUUAAUAAGAUAUGCCGUGUUUAGGAGUCAUCAUGAGGGGAAAAGACAUAGAAAGAUGUGUCAGAACAGUUUGAAAAAGUUGAUGGAUCCUUCCUUUGAGCAAAAGAUCCAACUCAGAAGUCUGGCUGAGCCGAUGGAGGGCUUUCAUCCUGGAACGCUGGAAUAUUUGAUUAAUGAGGAUCCACAGGCUAUUGUUGGUGUUCAGUACCUGUACUUGCAGACUGAGAAUGGUACAAGAAGCUACCACUGUAAGCUCUGUGCAUUUUGCUCAUACACGCAAGAGACGAUGCUCGCACACCUAAAGUCAAUGUAUCACGUUCAGUCAUUCUUUAUCACAAAGUACAAAAGGAACAUCCCCCAAAGUGAAGUGAAUGCAGCCUGCAAACGAGUAGUGUGCAAUGAAGGACAGAUCAACCACAAAAUUCCUGAAUUCUGCUUAUCGAGAGGACUGCAAGGACAAGUGACUAAAGAAACAGAAAUGAAACACAAGUAUUUGAAAGUUGAAAGUACUGACAUGUUGCCAAUGAAAAGAGAAGUUGGAGUUCAGAAGGCAUUGGAUCCUCACCACUGCAUUACUUUGGCCAAAAAGAUUCCCAUGAUGUUUCGAACAACAGAGAAAAUGGACUUCAGUAAGCGUGCCUUCUUCAUGAGCUACAUCUACCUCUCCAUCAAGAAGCUCGAGCUCUACUACACAGUGAGAGGAGAUGAUUUCAAUGUGGUAAAGAUGAAGAAGCUCUUCUACUACUUCUCAAAUGUUUGGAACGACAUGAAUUUAGUGCCCGACAUGAGAAUGCUCGAGCUUUAUCCUUCGAUAACUCAUAGCACAAGUAAUUUUGAACUUGCUGAAGACUUUUCCACUAAGAACACACAUCAAAGCUAAAGCUAAAGUCUAAAAAAAAAAAAAAAA